AUGGAUUUCCUUCCACAUUGCCCUGUAAGCCUUUCUAACACAUGCCAAACAGAUUUAACAGGCGCAGACGGGGCCACAUAUCGCCUUCAGGUUUCGUGGCCUCAAAGCUGGCCAGACCGCAAACCACCAACGGCGGCUAGGGUGCCUAUAUUGUAUUUGGUUGAUGGCAAUGCCAUGUUCCUCACCGCGACGGAAGCAAUGUGGCGACGGGCACACGCACCUCAGUCCUCCGGCCGCGGUAUAAUUGUGGGGGUUGGAUAUCCUUUAACCGAUGCAGUAUAUAAUAUUCGUCAAAGAGCCUUCGACCUGACGCCGAGCGAUGCGCAUGGUGGGGAUGGGUUUGGCGGAGCGGAUGUAUUCCUGGACUUCAUUGCAGGGACGGUCCGGCCGUUUGUCAAAUCCACUCUCUUUCCAUCCGUGGAAAUCGACCGAGAAGGCAUAUUUGGGCAUUCGUAUGGGGGGCUAUUCGUCCUGCAUGCGCUGUUCACCCAUCCGCAACUUUUCAGCGGCUUCAUGGCUGCCAGCCCAUCAAUAUAUUGGAGCAAUGCCUUCAUUCUGAAAGAAGAAGAGCAAUAUCGCGAGGUAGGGGCAGCACAAGAACAAAAGCCGACGUUAAUGAUGUACUUUGGCUCGUACGAAAAAAACCCCCAACUUUGGCCGGGCGAAUCGCCAGAAAAUUUCAAAAAACGGCAGGCAGCAGCGCAAGACCGCUCGAUGUCUGGGUACGCCAGGUCUAUGUAUGAGCGCCUUUCUCAAAGCAACAAGCUGCAUGUAAUAGCACUGCAAGAAUAUCCUAAAGAGGACCACGACAGUGUAGUGGGAUGUGUACUGAGCCGAAGUCUGACCACGUUCUUCGAAGAAUGGCCUUUUCUAGGAGCCUAA